AAUAUCGCAAAAUUCUUCAGUAUCUCGAUUAACUUUAAACUAUCAACACCUGAACUUGAAAACGAAAACUCGUUAAAUUACCUGUUCAACAUUUAAAAACAAAUAAACAGAAAGAAAGAAAGAUGAAACUCAUUUUAUUGACCUUGGCAGUUUUUGCUGUUGCUUGUAUCUAUGCGACACCUUUGGAUAAGCCCGAAGUAAAGGCUUGCAUGAAGAAAUGCCCAAGCGAUUAUAAGCCAUUGUGUGCGAAGGAAGCAUCAGCUAAGCAACCAACAACCUUUGGAAACUCUUGCGUUUUAGAGAAUUAUAAAUGUGAAUCUGGAAAAGUUUUGGAAGUCAUUAAACAAGAUGAGUGUGAUGGAAAUGCUCCUGUCAGACUAUAAAAACGAUUUUUCGAGACAUUCAUGAUGUAUUUUUAUAAAUCUUUUAUUUUUGAUUAUUACGAUUUGAGUAAAAUGUUCUCAUAAUAUGUGUUUAAAAAAAUAUUGGCGAAAGCUCGAGCAAAUAAAGAAUUUUUAAAUUAAAGUUAA